ACACACACAAGCAGCAGCAGCAGCAGCAACAACAACAACAACAGCAACAACAUAACAACCAGAGAGGCAUCGACAAAACUGGCUGUUAUUUAUUAAUUUAUAUAAAACAAAACCACAAUGGCCUACGACUUAAAAAAGGAGUCUGACGUUAAGGAAUAUGUGGAGAAGCUGGGCGUUGAAUAUCGCUUUGGCUGUUACUCUGAAAAGAAACCGGAAGUGUGCCAUCUACUGGGCGACUAUCUGGAGGGCAUCAAGAAAGAUUUCGAGAAGGCCUCCAAAGUAUACAAAUCGACAUGUGACGACUAUGGUUAUGCAAAAUCCUGCUAUAAAUAUGGCAACUAUAGCUUCCUCGGCAAGGGCAAAAGCGGCAGCAAGGGUGAGCCACGCGUUGCCUAUCAAUAUUACGAGAAGGGCUGCAAUCUAAACGAUUCGGAUGCCUGUUUGCAUUCCGGCCUGUUGCUAGUGUCGCGCUCCAUGCCCAAAGAGAUCGACAGAAAGUUUCUCACAAAGAGCUGGGACAUGAACAAUGCCACCGCCUGCGUCUAUCUGUCCAGCAUGCAUAUUUCGGGCGUACAAAAGAAGCCGGAGGAUAUGGCAAAUGGGGGCGGCAAUGCGCCAGCCAGCACACAAUCAAAAUCGAUUAAGGACGCCGAUUAUAUUAUGCUGAAGGACAUGAAGAAGGCAUUUCAGUUCGCCCACAAGGCAAGCGAAUUGAGUAACAUGUACGCCUGUGCCAAUCUUAGCCAGAUGUACGCGCGUGGCGAUGGCAUCGAGAAGAACGAAAAGGAGGCGGAAAAGUAUAGGAAGCUGGCCCUCGAAAUGCAGGAGGAGGUCAAGAAGCAACAGGAGACGCUCAGUUUUAAACAGGGCGUCGGCAUGCCAAACUGAUUAACCUAUACCUAAGUAUAUAUA